UUUCGAGGAACGUAAGCUAAGCUUGAACGCAGUGUUUUUCAACCUACAUCGACUAAACAUCAUGUAAAAUCGCCUCGUCUUGAACGCAGUCAUGAUGCAGUUAAGCGUCUCGAAUGAAACCAAGGAUCUCGAAGAACCCGUCUAUUUCAAGAAGUACACUCUCGCGGUUUUCGGGGAUUCUGGAGUGGGAAAAAGUUCCAUAGUCCGUCAUCUUGUGGGUGAGAAGUAUAUGCCCGAUCACGUGCCUACGGUAGAAGAAUUCUAUGUUAAGCCAAUAACACACAGAAACAGAGCUUACGAGCUUCAAAUCAUCGACACAUCAGGAACGUACGAGUUUCCUGCCAUGAGAAGAAUUGCUAUCCAUAAGGCCGACGCAGCAGUUUUGGUGUAUUCUCUGGACAAGCCAGUAUCGUUCACGAAGCUGGAAAGAUACAUGGAUGAAAUCGAGAGCUGUUGCGCCGAAAGAAACCGGAAAAUUCCUGUCAUUAUUGUGUCUAACAAAUCAGAUAUUCCUAAUUUGUCGGAGCCAACGUUUGUCAACGCGAAUGGACUGAAAAUUAGCGCGUGUGUCUACCUGGAGGGGAAAUUUAAGUGCCAAUGGCUGGCUACUUCGGCCAAAUUCAAUCUCAACAUUGAUUCCAUAUUCCACAAAAUGUUGGACAAACUGAGUCCGGAUAAAAACAUAGUAAGGAAGAAAAGUAGUAUCCUUAAGCAAAUUCUGCGUUAACUCGACGCUAACAUUUUCAACUUUUAAGGAAAUAUUACCGAGCGUAUACGAUAUGUUGACCAUGCAUCGCCCGUAUUCGGCGAAAAUACAUCCAUAAGCGCUUCAUUUUAGUUAACAGAGACUGAAUUACGUCAGUCCAUUUGUAAUAAUAGUUCAUAUCAAUGCUAUUCCACUAUAGUCUGCUCUGUUUUUUUCAUCUUUGUCUAGAAAUCGCCACUUGUGUUGUAGCACAGUAUAAAAUUGGUAUUUACUUGUAAAAGGUGGCAGGUUUCAAAACAGUUAUAUUCAUUUGCAUUUACUCAAUCGGAAAAAAUCGCUAAACUUACAAAAUUUAUAUGAUUUCAUAAAGCCCAGAUCUCAGAGGCAAUAGUUAACGGUCAGUUGAGAGUCAUAGUUCUAUCUUUGUACAGAAUAAUUUCUCGUGUUAGAAACUAUG